AUGGCAUCGAGAAAUCUUAAGGAACAACACAAUGAGUCAGAACGGUUUUCAGUAAUUGAUAUAAUUAGAAUAUUUGGAGGAUUGCUUGUACUAAAUGCCUUGUUAUCGUGGUGGUUUACGUCUUCUUCGACGUGGGGUUAUUAUGGAAAAUGGCUAGACCCAAGUUACUUGAAGUUCAGAGCGUUCCCCUCGUAUUUGAAUCUUACAUUAGAAGAACUAUCAAUGUACAAUGGCUCUGAUCCAAAUUUACCUAUCUAUGUUGCAGUCAAUGGAAGUGUCUUUGAUGUAUCAAGUUCAAGAGAGAUAUAUGGACCAAAAGGUGGAGUUUAUGCGAAGUUGAGUGGAACAGAUAGUGCCCGGGUAUUUGUCACAGGCUGCUUUCACAGACCCGACCAAUUCACAUAUGAUCUUAGAGGUUUAGAUCCAGAAGAAGCUGAUAACGAUAUAAGACAAUGGCACAAUUUCUACGCAAAUCAUGCCAACUAUUGGCUCGUAGGGAUCGUCACUCAUGAAAAAAUCAUAGGAGAUCCUCCCGAACCUUGUGAACACAUAAAGUUUCCAGGUUGA